UACGUAUAGUACACCUGCAUCUGAAUCUGCAUGUGGAUGCGAAUGUGGGUUCCAGAUGAGUUCCUGGGCGUGAUCCGUACAUUCAAUGAUCACUCCUCCUCCAUGGUGUCUAGUGUGGAUCCGGAACUGAGGAAUCCGCGUCGUCCCACAAUGGGGUGGGCAGUUUAAUUGGUCAUUUUUGUUGGCAAGGGUAGCGUCUUUGAAAAUCUCCCAAUCCACCCCCUUAUCGCCUCCUCAACGUUUCGCUCUUAAAAAGAAUCACAUUACUGCUCACAUUCAGGGUGCAACACUCCUUUGAAAGCUGUCUUGUCGCAGUUGCUUCUCUUACCUGUGUGUGUGUGUGUGUGUGAGCUCAAGAGAGAGCUCAAGCGAGCGACUAAUUCAUUCCUUCUUUCCGACCUCGGUCCAGCUGCUCACCUAAUAUCGCCUUAAACAUGGCGGCAAUCAACGCUACUCUUGUUGGUGCUCUCAGCAACUUCACCACCCCCGAUACCUUUACCGGAGUCUUCGACGAGGUCACCAAGUAUAAUGUCCAGCUCAACAUUGUCGAGCGCCUCUGGGCUGCCUGGUAUCUCUGGAUGCAGAACGACACGCUAGCAACCGGAAUUAUGAGCUUCGUCAUGCAUGAAGUUGUCUACUUUGGCCGAUGCCUUCCCUGGAUGAUCAUCGAUCGUACGCCCUACUUCAACAGAUACAAGAUACAAAACCAAAAGAUCCCAACCCUGAAGGAGCAGUGGGACUGCGCCAGCUUGGUCCUGCUUAGCCAUUUCACCGUUGAGCUUCCUCAGAUUUGGCUCUUCCAUCCCAUUGCCACUUAUUUCGGCAUGGACUACGGCGUGCCUUUCCCCUCCAUCUACAAGAUGGCCUUCCAAAUUGCCAUAUUCUUCAUCAUGGAGGACACCUGGCACUACUGGUUCCAUCGCGCUCUGCACUACGGCCCUCUCUACAAGAUGAUCCACAAGCUUCACCAUACCUACUCUGCUCCUUUCGGUUUGGCCGCCGAAUACGCCUCGCCCAUCGAAGUCAUGCUCCUUGCCCUCGGAACUGUCGGAUCCCCCAUUCUCUGGGUCUCACUCACCGGCGACCUCCACCUGUUUACCAUGUACAUGUGGAUUGUCGGUCGUCUCUUCCAGGCCAUUGACUCUCACAGUGGAUACGACUUCCCGUGGAGCUUGCACCACUUCUUGCCCUUCUGGGCUGGUGCACACCACCACGAUGUCCACCACGAGCGUUUCAUUGGCAACUACUCUUCCAGCUUCCGAUGGUGGGACUACAUGCUCGACACUGAGUCUGGCCCCGAGGCUGCCAAGCGUCGUCGUGACAGGAAACUGGCUGCUCUGAAGGCUAAGAAGCAGAACUAAAGGGUUUC